AUGGAUAUAGACUUAGCCUUGAGAAUGCCCAAACUCGAUGAACUCAAUGAGCAAAGUACUCAAGAGGAUGAGGUUUAUUGGGGUAAGUGGGAACGUUCAAAUAGGCUAAGUCUUAUGAUCAUGAAGCGCGGAAUUCCAGAAGCUUUCAGGGGUGCGGUAACCGAUGAGGUUACUAAUGCCAGUGACUUCCUUGCGGAAAUUCAGAAACGUUUUGCCAAAAACGAUAAGGCUGAAACGAGCACGCUUUUAGCAAGCUUGAUUUCAAUGAAGUAUAAAGGCAAGGGUAAUGUUCGGGAGUACAUCAUGGAGAUGUCUCAUCUUGCUUCAAAACUUAAGGCUUUGAAACUUGAGUUAUCUGAUGAUUUACUCGUGUAUUUGGUUCUCAUUUAUCUUCCUGCACAAUUUAAUCAAUUCAAGGUCAGUUAUAACUGUCAAAAGGAUAAAUGA